AUGGCCGGUGUCUUUUCAGAAUGGUACAAGCUACCAAUGAGCCUGAGCGAGUUAUGGCAGAAGAUCCCCGAGAGUGAAGAAUGGCGCUGUGUACUCUACGGUCGCCUCUUCUCUCUGAAGCAAGAUUCAAGCUAUCUCUACUACCGAACCUGUCCAUCCGAUUCCCUACCAACCCCUCCCGCCUCAGCCCUCCCUUCUCGAGCGCCGUCCGACACUGAAAAUAGCGACAGUAAAGCGCACUCCGGAAACACCCAAGAUGACCAACUUCUUUCAAUCCUCAAGCAUUACCUGAACCUAUCUUCCAAUCUGAGCGAGCUUUAUACCCAAUGGUCCGCGAACGAUUCCAAUUUCAAGAAGAAGGCAGCUGCCUUCUCCGGCGUGCGCAUCUUACGUCAAGAUCCAUGGGAAGCGCUAGUGUCGUUCAUAUGCAGCAGCAACAACAAUAUCUCGCGCAUCUCGCAAAUGGUGGAAAAACUGUGUAUACAUUAUGGCCCCUUCGUCGCGACAAUAGGGGACCGCUCCUAUCAUGAUUUCCCUGCACCCGAGGCAUUAGCAGGCAAGGACGUUGAAGCCAAUCUUCGCACGCUAGGAUUUGGCUACCGUGCGAAAUAUAUCUACAAAACGGCGGUCAUGGUCUCCCAGGAACGAGAGAAAGGGUGGCUGAAUGACCUCUGUAACCCCGAGUCUCCAGCAUUCGGCAUAGAGGCAAAGACCGGCGACGAGAUGAAACCCGAAGGACGAGAUGGAUAUCGGGAGGCUCAUGAGAAACUAUUAGAACUACAAGGGGUUGGACCCAAGGUAUCCGAUUGUGUAUGUCUGAUGGGUCUAGGCUGGGGUGAAUCAGUGCCCGUGGACACACAUGUCUGGCAAAUCGCGCAACGAGACUAUCGUUUUGGGAAAAGCUCACAGAAGACCUUGAAUAAGGUAACCUAUGAUGCAGUGGCCAAUCAUUUCCGCAAGCUUUGGGGACAAGAAGCUGGAUGGGCGCAUAGCGUUCUUUUCACCGCGGACUUGCGCUCCUUUGCUGAUCGACUUGCGACAACUAAAAAGGUGGAUGUCAAAGUCAAAGAUGAAGGCGCGGACGCCAAAAUCAAGACUGAAGUGACGACAGCUGUUGCACUGACGGCGCCAAAGCACGAAGAAGUGAACGGCGUCAAGAUCGAAGACUCGGAGGAGAAGAAGCCAGUUACAAAGGCGCCUGCAGGCAAGAAGAGGAAAGCGCCGGCAGACCCCGUCGUCGAAGCUGCUCAAUCGACCGAAACCAGGCGGGUGUCUAAAAGACUACGUCGGUGA